AAGAAAAAAUUAGAUCGAUUUAAGAUAAAACUAGAUGUCGAAUCAAGAAAAAAAGUUAUGAUAUCAUUCUCGAAAUAAAAUUCCGUGUUGAAUUAUGAUUCCGAAAGUGGUUUUUGUCGUCGUCCGUUGCUCUGAAGACAUUUCCUGGCUGCGCGAGCUCGUGCCUCUAUUUUCUUCUUCUGAAGGAGCGCCGCCUGCUGCGGCACAGCAGCAGGAGGUCGUGCACGGGAAGUCGUCGAGGAACUACAAGUGCCAGGAGGCUAAUUUUUAUACUUCAUCGGGGCCUCGCAGCUCCUGCCAACACGACGAUCUUCUGGACCGUCAAGAGAACCAAGGCGAGAACACUACGCAAAAUGAAACUAGUAGAACAACACCGCCUGAAGAUAUGUUGGAACCGUCAGGAUUGAAAUCGUCAAAGUUGAAACAAUUUCUCAUGCAGAAAUGGCAAGGGGUGAAAUUGUGUCGCUCUUGCAGGGAUGGCAACUGAGGCCGGCUGUAAGCCUGUUUCUUUUGGGUCGUCUGCGAUAGAGCUGCUAAAGUAGCAUGACAAAAGACGCCUUUUGUCCCUAAACAGCAUGACAAACUGGAUUUAGACGGUGCCGAAAUUUGUCAUGCACCGCUUAGAAAUUGGGCUUCCAACUGGUAUCGAUUUUAUGCAUUACACUUUGUCGAUUUCAAACCUGACACUCCCAUACCUGAUGUGGUGGACGUAUGGCCCACCAUCACGACGGGGGAGGACGAGGAUCUUCCAACGGAGGGAUCAAAAACACGACGACGAGAUGAAAGAACGAAUGGUCGUCUGCACAAAAAUAUGCAUCGCAAAUGUUUCUGGGUCUGGAAAAAUGCAAAUUUGUCAUGCGUGUCUCACAUGACAGUUGAAUCUGUAAUGCACGAGCAGGAAAAAAGGCUCACCUUGCCGGUCAUGCAAAAGUGCAGUUUGCCAUGCGGAAAGCGAAGCACAAAGGAGCGGCCCACAAACUUGUCAUGCGAGGCAGCGUAUUGCAAUAGAUUAUAGAUACGCCCACCAUUUUUAGCAAACUAACAUCACAAGUUUCCAGACCCAGACACAUUGAUUUGCAUUUGAUAAAAAACCAAGCGAAGGUGUGA